UAUGCAUUCUUUAAAUAAGCAUGAUGAACUGCGUGAUUGGAUAAGAUAUCGAAUUUGGCGAAUAGUGAAUAACUUGCAUUGUCAGCUACCAUGAGUGAGUUGGUGCGACCUGGUCGUUUCUUUGAUAGCAGUUUCGGCGACUUGUUUUCAUGGGCAACAGAUCCUUUUUAUCGUGAUAUAUGGUCUGUUACUCCGAGGAGUAUUGGUGAAGGUCAAAUUUGGUCACCUAGAGUAGAUCUCGUCGAGAAAGACGACUGUUUCUUGGUAAAAGCCGAAGUACCCGGUGUUCCCAAGGAAAAUAUCAACGUAGAUCUAAAAGGCGAUAUUCUAACUGUUUCUGGUGAGAAAGCUGAUGAGAGGAAAUCUGAUGAGGAACGAGAAGGAACGGUGUAUCAUAGGAUGGAACGUUCUUAUGGCAAGUUUGAAAGGUCUAUUCGCCUUCCGAAACAUAUCGACCGGAAGGGUAUCAAAGCAAAUUGCAAAGAUGGUAUGCUAACGGUAACUGUGCCCAAGAAACAGGUGGAGAAAUCUGAGAGCCAAAAGAUAGAGAUUGCUAACGAGUAAAUAAUAACUUGUGUGUCUCUUGUGUAUUUGUUGUGUGUUGUGUAUUUGGGUUGAGAAACAAAAGAGAUAUAUUGUAUAUGAAUAAUAGAUAAACGAUCAAAUUUAUUUGCAGAAAAAUGAU